AUGCCGAUUUACUUUGGUGGCGCAUUCGAUGCAGAAAUCCCACGUUUUCUUCCUAAGAAAAAAGCCGACAUGAUCCCUUUUUCAUCCCAACACCUCUCCUUUAUUCUCAACUAUUUCAGCUUCCAACCCGAAUCUCCUCAAGCGAAAGCCAUGGAAUUCAGUCUUAAAAAGUGUGAGGCCGAAAUUCCCCACGCCAAAGGAGCCAAAAAAUGCGUUACAUCCUUAGACUCUAUGAUCGACUUCAAAAGUAGCACUACCAAUAACGGUGGUCAGUUAUUUGAUGAUCUUAAGGUGUUGAGUACAAGUCCACUUCUGAAAUCAGCCAAAGUAUUUCAACCUUACACAAUCAUUGAGCAGCUAAAAAGAGUCCCGAGCCCUAAAAUGACCGCGUGUCACAUGCUGACUUAUCCUUACGCGGUCUACUAUUGCCAUAACCCUGACCCUGAAAACCGAGUGUACGAAAUUAGUUUGUUGGGUGAGGAUGGUACUCGUGUUAACGCGGUUGCCAGUUGCCACAUGAACUCGAAUGCAUUUGACGCUAAUCUCGCGUGUUCCGUAUGUUCAACAUUGCACCCGGCUCUCCAGUUUGCCAUUUCCUCUCUUCUGAUGGCCUGCUUUGGGUGCCUGCUAACCCAUCCUUGA